AUGUCUCUCGCAACCUUGGAUACCACGCAACAUCCCUACCUCCCCGCGGCCUCUGCAACGCUCUUCAAAGCGAAGGCAGCUCGCAAGCUCACAUUCGAGAAGAUUGGUGAGCAUCUCGGCCGCAGUGAAGUAGCUGCUGCUGCGAUCUUCUAUGGCCAGGCUCGAGCAUCGCAAGAGGACAUUGAGAAAUUGGCAAGCCUUCUCGGAAUUCCCCAGCAGCCGCUGGAAGACCAGCUCAGUGGAUUCCCUGAUCGGGGUCGCUCAGUUGAGAUGCCACCCAAGGAGCCUCUUAUCUACCGUCUUUAUGAGAUUGUGCAGAACUACGGAUAUGCUUACAAGGCCGUGCUGAAUGAGAAGUUUGGAGAUGGUAUUAUGAGUGCUAUUUCCUUCUCCACUAAGGUUGAGAAGGAGACUGAUGAGGAUGGAAAUAAUUGGGCUGUUAUCACUCUUCGGGGUAAAUGGUUGCCCUUCUCUCGCUUUUAA